AUGGAUUUCGCGGCGUUAAUGUCCAAGGAGAUCUCCAAAGCCAAAAACGGCGGAUCGUCGUCAUCAGACCAAAAAGAUACAUCGAAACCUCCGGAGAAGAAAUACGUUCGCCGCAGUGAAUUAGAAGCAGCUCGAAUUGCCGCCUACAAUGAAGAGCAGGAGCGGGCGCAACGCGAACGAGACGAGCGCAUGGCUCAGAAGCGCAAACUGGACGAGGAAGAGGCCGAACGGCGCCAGGAGCGAGAAGAGAAAAAACGACGACUAGCAGAAGAGUCACGAAAGAAGAGAGAAGAAGAAGAGACGGCCAAGGAGCGAGAGCGACGGAAGCGGUUGGGAUUGCCUGAGUUGCCCCCUGCCAGCGAAAAGGAUGAGGACAAGGAUGAAGAGGAAGACAUCCCAGACGAGGAACUGGUUGCGAAGUUGCGUGAGCUGGAUGAACCGGCUCGGUUGUUCGGAGAGACACAUCGCAGUCGUUUACGGCGGUAUCAUCGACUCGUACAGCGUUCGCUCACCCCUCAACAGCAGUUGUCGGAUGGGCCUAUUCCCACGACGCUGGAACUGGUCUCCGAGAAGGAUAUGAAGAUUUCCACGACACUCCCUAAGGAUACAGAAGGCCGCAAGUAUCUGUUCCGCCAGCUGGCUUCGUAUUUCAACAUGGUGCUAGGGGAAUGGGAGCUUGCAUUGGCGAAGCGAGAUAUAUCUGUCAAGCAAAGUCUCCAGGGACGACAAGCCUACAAUGCAAUGGUCCAGUCGAGGGAGAAUAUGAAGCCGCUGUUCCGAAAGUUCGAGAAGGUGGAUGUUGAUGAUAGCGUGCUGGAGCAUGUUGUCGAAAUCGUCCACAAGGCCCAGCUGCGGAGAUAUGUAGAUGCAAACGAUGCCUAUCUACGAUUGAGUAUUGGAAAGGCAGCAUGGCCCAUUGGUGUUACCAUGGUUGGUAUCCACGAGCGAUCAGCCCGAGAAAAGCUACACCAGAGCGACCAGCAGGCUCAUAUUCUAAGUGAUGAGAUCACUCGCAAGUACCUGCAAAGCAUUAAACGAUGCUUGAGCUUUGCGCAAACUCGGUGGCCUCCAGACGACCAGCUACAGAUCAUGGGUUAG